GUCGGCGUCAGGACGUCGCGUCUGUCAGCGGCGGCGUGCAGAGGGCGUGAGAAGACGGAAAGCUGCUUCUUUUAAACAGCGGGUGCUCGGGGCCGCUUGGCGGCUUGUCAGGGGUUUCCCGUCUUCCCUUUGUCCCGGGGUCACCGUCCGAGUUGGGCCGGGGCAGGGAAGAGCGGCGUGCGGUUCGCGUGCGCGGGGUGGGGGUGGGCGAGGCCCGGAGUGGGAGGCAGCGGGAAUGGGAGUAGCCCCGAGCGGCCUCUGGGUCCGAGCUCGUGAGCAGUGAGCGGCGGGAAGGGAUCCCCACGAUGUGGGCGGCCCGAGCGCUGUCCAGGGCCCUGCGCGCCUACUGCACCUCAGCCCCUUGCCCCAGGCCCACACAGCCCCCCAGAGUGAGCAUCCGGGAUGCCCUUGUGAGCCAGAACCCAAGGGACAAUGUGAAAGUGCAGGGAUGGGUUCGUUCAGUUCGAUCCCAGAAGGAAGUUUUGUUCCUCCAUAUAAAUGAUGGGUCAUCUUUGGAACAUUUGCAGAUUGUAGCAGACCCAAGCUUACACAGUUGUGAUCUGACAUUUGGGAGUUCGGUGGAAGUCCAAGGGGUACUGGUAAAAAGUCCUUAUAAAAAGCAAAACAUGGAACUGAAGGCAGACAAAAUUGAAGUCAUUGGACAUUGUGAUCCUAAGACAUUCCCUUUUAAAUACAAGGAGAGAUAUCCUCUGGAAUAUAUUCGACAGCACCCUCACCUUCGAUGUAGGACCAGUGCCCUGAGCUCUAUACUGAGGGUUCGCAGUGAAGCUACAGAUGCUAUACACUCUUUCUUCAAGGCUAAUGGCUAUCUACAUAUUCACACCCCAGUGAUCACAUCAAAUGACUGUGAAGGGGCUGGGGAACUCUUUCAAGUUGAACCAUCAAGCAAAGUGAAAGAACCUGGGAAGAAUUUCUUUGAUGUUCCAGCCUUCUUGACUGUCUCAGCACAGCUUCAUCUUGAAGUGAUGUCAGGAGCUUUCACUCAAGUGUUUACCUUUGGCCCAACAUUCCGAGCUGAGAAUUCUCAGAGCCGCAGGCAUCUGGCAGAGUUUUAUAUGGUGGAAGCAGAAAUAUCUUUUGUUGAGAGCCUUCAAGACAUUAUGCAGGUUAUGGAGACACUCUUCAAGGCUACAACAGAGGCUGUUCUCUCAAAUUGCCCAGAGGAUGUUGAGCUUUUGCAUAAAUUCGUAGCUCCUGGUCAAAAGGACAAGCUUGAACAAAUGCUGAAAAAUAAGUUUUUAAUGAUUUCCUAUACAGAAGCCGUGGAAAUCUUAAAGAAAGCAUCUCAGAAUUUCACGUUCACCCCCAAGUGGGGUGUUGAUCUGCAAACUGAGCAUGAAAAGUACUUGGUGGAGUACUGUGGCAAUAUUCCAGUAUUUGUUAUUAACUAUCCCUUUGAUCUCAAGCCUUUCUACAUGCGGGAUAAUGAAGAUGAACCUCAGCGUACGGUCGCUGCUGUUGAUCUUUUAGUGCCUGGAGUUGGAGAGCUCUUUGGAGGAAGCCUGAGAGAAGAACGUUUCCAUUUACUACAACAGCGGUUAGCAAGACUAGGACUGACAGAUACCUACCAAUGGUAUUUGGAUCUUCGUCGGUUUGGUUCUGUGCCACAUGGAGGCUUUGGAAUGGGAUUUGAACGGUAUCUACAGUGCAUCUUGGGAGUUGACAACAUCAAAGAUGUUAUCCCUUUUCCAAGGUUUUCUCAUUCAUGUCUUUUAUAGCAAAUUUUAAAAUAAUAUUAUAUAUAAAACUCAUGCCUGCAAGAACAUGCCAAUUUGAAUUUUUUAAAUACUGGUGAAAAUUCUUGUCAUAAAAUUUGAAAUGUGAAGAGAAGAAGAAAUUAAGAUUUGGAAGGAAGUCUUUGUACAUUUACACACAAAAACCCUCCUACAGAAUCUUCUUGAACAAGGAUGCAAAACAAGCCUCUGUCUCAAACGGAAAAAGAAACAGAAGGAAAAAAUACAUACCCUCUAGCUGUGAAAGACAGGAUGUUAGGAUGGGUUUUUUCUUAAUCAUCAAAGCACUGCCCAAAAGUGACUGGUAUAUAAGAAAGCCCUGAUUGUUUGUUUUGCUUACCAUGUAAACCCUGAUAGAUGCCUACCAUUUCUAAGUGCUGUAUUAAACAUCCAUCUUUCUACGAGGCCUUAUGUAAACUAGGGUUAAAUUGGUUCUUGUGAAAUUGUAAUUCAUAGUUGAAAUCACCUUUCUACUAAGUAAAAAAAUGAAGUUAAAUAAUUUAUGAA